CUAUGUGUGUGUGUGCGCGUGUGUUUGAAUGUAGUACAGCCAUGCAAGACAAACAAUGAACAUCCCACAUGGCUUACAACACUAUUUUAUAUAUAUUAUAUACAUCUGUUCUCCCUCUCUCAUUCUUUAUAGUUUAUAUAUAUACCUCUAUCCGUAUGUAAAUGUAUGGAGAUGGGCUUGAGGGCGCUCUGCUGAUUCUGAGCCUAGUUCUUCCCCCUUUAUCUCCUCCGCGGAUUUUCUGGUCGACUUUGGUGUUCUGAAUGUGAGUGACGAAAGGCCGGUGACUUUCCGAAGAAUUCCCUCAAUGGGUUGAGUUAUUUAACACGUUUACGGAAGAUUGUGGAGACACGGUUCUGUUUGCGAGGGCUUGAAGAGAGAUUUUUGUUCUAGGUUGUUGAUAACUUUUAGUAUAAUGAAGGGGCUUUUCUGGGUUUUGUUGUCGGUGGCCGGAACCGCUAUGGUGUUUCUUAGUUUCUCCGGUGAUGGUGGCGUUUCUGCAGAUAUGGCUUUAACUCAUCACGGGAAUGGUAUGGUAGAGAUGACAACAAACAGGAAGCUGAAGGAUAAUGGUCAUACUUCAAUCACCAAAAAGAACGAGGCAGGAAGUGUAAAUCUGGAAGACUACCACCCUAUUGAUCCAGUUCCAAGUUCAAAAGCUUCCAUAAGACCUGGACCUAUCCAGCAUGGUACUCCACUUAUGCCUUUUAUCCCAAAGCCUUCACCUCCUCACAACCCAGAAACAAUUGGGUUUCCUUAAGCCUGCUUUGGAAACUUUCUGUGUAAUUGCUAAGCAUGUACCUGAAGAUUGCAGUGGCUUUUUAGUUCAAUCAAGUGUUUGAACCAUGUCACCUAUUGUAUUAUAAUGACUACUUGUGUACCUAUGUGUGUCCUGUACUUAUUGGCGGUUUGUAUCAAUUAUCUUGCUAUUUGCUUCAGUAAAAUUGCCUGUGAGUUUUUUAUUGUAAUA